AUGGCUCAGGUAUAAAGCAUACCUAAAAUCAAGCUAAACAACGGCAUAGAGAUCCCGGUGCUUGGGUUUGGCACGUGGCAGGCAGAGGGCCAAAAACUGAUCAUGGCCAUAAAGGACGGCAUACGCCAGGGGUUCCGCCACAUCGACACGUCGUGGUUCUUUCACAACGAGCGAGACGUGGGUCAGGCGCUGCGGGAGGCGUACGACGAGGGUCUGGUCACUCGAGACGACCUGUUCAUCGUGUAUAAGGUGUGGCCGAAGAACUCAAACUUCAAACGUACGCAAAAUGUGAUCAAACAGACGCUGAAAGAGCUGAACACCACUUACUUGGACUUUGUGUCCAUUCAGUGGCCGCUCCGUAACAACACCGACAUAUACCGGGCCCUCGAGUGGGCGUACGACCAGCGUAUGGCCCGAUCGAUAGGUGUGAGCAAUUUUAAACCAACUGAGAUCACCGAGUUGAUGACCAUGGCCACAGUUAAGCCGGCGAUUAAUCACAUUCGCAUUCAUCCGGGUCUAAAUCAAGAUGAGACCAUUGAGUGGUGUCAUAGGGAGGGCAUAGCGGUGGCCGGUUGGUCGCCGUUGGGCACCGGAUCGUUGAUUACCGAUCCGACACUUGUGGCCAUCGGCCAGAAGUACAAUAAGACUUCGGCUCAAGUGAUGAUCCGGUGGCAGAUCCAGAGGGGACUCAUUGUUGUGCCCAAAAGUACUAAACUCUCGCGUAUUGUCGAGAAUUCAGAUGUGUUUGACUUUGAGCUCCGGGAGGAAGACAUGAGUGCCAUACAUGAUAUGCCACAAAUUGCCCUCAUUGAGUUUUGGGGCUAA